CGCUGCCGGGCCGAGCGAGGCCUUCGCUACGAGCUGUUCGUCCGUUGUUGGGCAUCCAUGUCUUGCGCACAUCCGCCUCCUGCAUCCAAGCUUCCCCGUCCGUCACCCUUUUCCACUCCCAGCCAAACCUUUGCGACUCACUGCCAGAGCGCACAUCCCUAUCGCUUUAUUUCAGGACCCAGGCCCAGCACACUUUAAUUUCAUCCGGCGUUUAUUGGUCACCGCACCGACAAGGCAAAAUUCGCACCGUGUGUGUCUGCGCCACGAUCCGCCCGAGGCCCAUGCGCUGCAAGGGAGUUAGCCUUUACAUACCCAACCUCUCCUCUUCGCUCAGCGCGAUCCCUUCUACCAGGACCUUCUAGGCCACACCAAGCGCAAUUACUAAGACCAUCCACCACAUCACGCCGCAUCACGAGGUCUUUCUGGAUCUCGUUCAGACUUGUACUGCUCAAGUCUCAUCAACAACCUCUCAAUGUACCGACAAAGGAACGAAGCGACUCGAUUUGCCGCCGCCUCUCGUCCUCCAUUGCCACACUGCCGACCUCACGGCCCCAGAUAGAGCGUGAGCGCAUUCUGGCUCCACUGGAAGUCAACAACGAGACCACAAUAACGACUUGAGGCGCGUCUGGACGCCUCGCCAUCGUCCAUCGAUGGCAACUUUCCAGACAGCAGGCUACCCGGUGCCUCCGCCGGGCUACGGCUCCUACUAUCGCACGCCUCCGCAAACACCACCGCCGGCCGCAGGGUAUAAUGCGUACUACUCACCAAGAAACUACUCCUACUCUGGUCAAUCGAAAGGACACGCCCGACGAGCGACCGGCGAUGGUACGACCGCGUACAACUACUCAUACAGCGCGACGCCGACUCCCCGCAAGACCUCAUACUACGCGACCGGCCGCUAUUCGACACCAGAGCCCACUUACCAUACUUCUGCUCAAUCGACGCCUCAGCGGAAGACCGACUAUGUCCCAAUCUACACUCCGGCUGCAGACACCGAACAGACUCCUCGACCACGACGAGCAUCGCAUGGCCCCAAGACUACUCACGCCCCGCCUCCACGCCGGCCAAGCACUGCCACCAAGCCGCCACCGAAGGCAACAGAGGAGGAUGCGCGUCGCGCUGGCAUUCCCGCCGGUUACUCAUACAAGAACUGGGAUCCCACCGAAGAGCCAAUCCUGUUGCUAGGAUCCGUGUUUGACGCCAACUCACUCGGCAAGUGGAUCUAUGACUGGACCGUCUUCUUCUAUGGCCCAGCCACCCCCAUGUCGGAGGUCGCAGGCGAGAUGUGGCUCCUUCUCAUCCAACUCGCCCACAAGGUCCGUCGUGCCGAGGAUAUCAUGCCCAAGAUCCGAUCACAGGCGUCACGCGACCUCGUCGACGACUUCCUCGAGUCAGGUGAGCGCCUAUGGCAACGCUUCAACAAGCUCCUCAAAAUCUGCGAGAACUACAUGUGGAAGGCCGCAAAGAAGGCAAGCGGCGGCUCAAAGAACGUCACGAUGGGCAAGGACAGUGGAAGCGAGUUCGUCGACACCAUCUUUGGCCGUGACAGGGAGUUGGAGCGAACGGAGAAGUUGAUGACCGGCAUGCGUCUCUGGAGCAUGCGAUUCGACGCCAACUGCGAAGAAAUCCUUCGCAAUCCUGGCAAAUAGAAAACACACAAUUCGGUGACAGCGACUCACACGACGCCGCUGCUGCCUGAAGUGGCAAACUGGCUUUCUGGAGUUUAUUGGCAUCGCCCCCCUUUUUGGUGGUGGCGUCUCGUCAUCGCAUCGCGACUUCGCCUUCUGAUACCCAACCCAUCAAUCUUGGUUUUAUACACGGAACACUUAUUACGGAGCAUACUGGAGUUCUACAAUUGGACUUCUUCAGGCGGCGCUGGAAUAUUCAUCAUCAAUCUUACGUUCUUCUUUCCGAACAUCAAAACAAUCUUGAAACCGGACAAGAACGCUGUACGAAUAAUAUCUAUCUUGGUCACUUACGCACGAGAUACAGGAAACACUGGGCAGGGCUGGCUGGAUGCAUGGGACGGGUUGGGUUGAGCAUGGUGUUGUUUGUCUCCGAUGACCUCCGACGAGAACUAUGAGUCAUCGUUUUGAGCGCUGCGCAGAAGCACUGUUUUGUCAUCUCAUCCUCAUCGUCAUUUUCCAACAUCACUGCUUUGGCAUUCUUGGGCUACGGGCGGGGCGGCGUACCACUCUUUUCUUUUGAGAGAGUAAAACUGGAAGGCAAAAAAGUUGUUGAUUCCUGUUAUCAGCGAUAUACCCCUUUGCUGCGACAUAGUACGGUGUUGUUGUUUGUGCGGAAAACUUUUGGGCUUGCAAUUUGAUUCUAUCGUUAUAACUUGUUUUACUGUUGAAGAGGUGAGGUGAGGUCUUUCACCCACCUCCAGGUCACUUGAUCAUUUUAUUUAAUCAUUUUCUAGAAAGCAGAUUGGCUGCUAGACAGCAUAGAUUUAU